GCUUUCCAACCUCUCAGCUAACAGGGCGAGCUGGGAACCAGUGACCGCUCGUUUCCUCCGGGCCGUGUCCCCUUCCUGACGGGAAAGGAGCACGCACCGGUCUGGCUCCUCGCCUCCGGAGCUCGGGCCGCUGCCGGAGGCGGCGUAGUGCCGGGGCGCUGAGGCAGCGCUGCCCGCAGCCGGGAGAGCCGCCGGGCUGAGAGGGAGCUCCGCUCCUCCUCGCCACACCAUGACAGAGGAAAGCAAAGGGGAAGGCAAGGGGGAAAGCGGGAAGGACCUGGAGAAGCAGCUUCGCCUGCGCGUCUGCGUCCUCAAUGAGCUGCUCAAGACCGAGCGGGACUACGUUGGCACGCUAGAGUUCCUGGUGUCGGCUUUCCUUCACCGAAUGAUCCAAUGUGCUACAGCCAAAGUAGAUAAAAAUGUCACAGAAGAGACAGUUAAGAUGUUGUUUUCAAAUAUUGAAGAUAUUCUUGCAGUUCACAAAAACUUCCUUUCCCUGGUGGAGGAGUGCUUACAGCCAGAACCUAAUGCGCAGCAUGAAGUUGGAACCUGCUUUCUUCAUUAUAAAGAGAAAUUCCGUAUUUAUGAUGAGUACUGCAGUAACCACGAGAAGGCACAGAAGGUUCUCCUUGACCUUAACAAAAUAAGAACAGUGCGGACCCUUCUUUUGAAUUGCAUGCUGCUUGGAGGACGCAAGAGCACAGAUGUACCAUUGGAGGGAUAUCUGGUAACACCGAUACAGAGAAUAUGCAAGUAUCCCCUUCUUUUGAAGGAGUUACUGAAGCGGACUCCAAGGAAGCACAGUGACUAUGCGGCACUAAUGGAAGCCCUCCAGGCCAUGAAAGCUGUCUGUUCCAACAUAAAUGAAGCGAAGAGACAAAUGGAAAAACUAGAGUUUUUGGAAGAAUGGCAGUCUCAUGUGGAAGGAUGGGAGGGGUCCAACAUCACAGAUACAUGCACAGAAAUGCUACGAAGUGGACUACUACUGAAAAUUUCAGCAGGAAAUAUCCAAGAGAGGAUAUUUUUUCUUUUCGACAACCUUUUGGUUUACUGUAAAAAAAAGCACAGGCGAUUGAAGAACAGCAAAGCAUCUACAGAUGGUCACCGUUACCUUUUUCGGGGCAGAAUAAACACAGAAGUGAUGGAGGUGGAGAAUGUAGAUGAUGGAACAGCUGACUAUCACAGCAGUGGCCACACUGUUAUUAAUGGCUGGAAGAUCCACAACACAGCAAAGAACAAAUGGUUUGUAUGCAUGGCAAAAACCCCUGAAGAGAAGCAAGAAUGGCUGGAAGCUAUUUUGAAAGAGCGAGAGAGAAGAAAAGGUUUAAAAUUGGGUAUGGAACAGGACACUUGGGUGAUGAUCUCUGAGCAAGGAGAACGACUGUACAAAAUGAUGUGCAAACAGGGGAAUCUCAUCAAAGACAGGAAGAGGAAAUUAACCACUUUCCCCAAAUGCUUUCUUGGAAGUGAAUUUGUGUCCUGGUUGUUGGAAAUUGGAGAGAUACACAAAUCUGAAGAAGGUGUUCAUCUUGGCCAAGCUUUGUUAGAGAAUGGCAUUAUCCAUCAUGUUACAGAUAAGCACCAGUUCAAACCCGAACACAUGCUGUACAGAUUCCGAUACGAUGAUGGAACAUACUACCCCAGAAAUGAGAUGCAGGAUGUGAUCUCUAAGGUACAGGGUGUACGACUGUAUUGUCGCCUUCACAGUCUGUUUACCCCAGUAAUUAGGGAUAAAGAUUAUCACUUGAGAACCUACAAAUCUGUGGUCAUGGCUAACAAACUCAUAGACUGGUUGAUUGCACAGGGUGAUUGCCGGACGAGGGAGGAAGCUAUGAUAUUUGGUGUAGCUCUUUGUGAUAAUGGGUUUAUGCACCAUGUGUUAGAGAAAAGUGAAUUUAAAGAUGAGCCACUGCUGUUUCGUUUUUAUGCGGAUGAAGAAAUGGAAGGGUCAAAUAUGAAGCACAGACUCAUGAAACAUGAUCUGAAAGUAGUAGAAAAUGUCAUAGCCAAGUCAUUACUGAUUAAAUCUAAUGAAGGCACCUAUGGUUUUGGUUUAGAAGAUAAAAAUAAGGUGCCAAUUAUUAAAGUGGUGGAGAAAGGAUCAAAUGCCGAGAUGGCAGGCUUGGAAGUUGGGAAAAAAAUCUUUGCCAUUAACGGUGACCUGGUUUUUCUGCGACCCUUCAGCGAAGUGGAUUGCUUCCUGAAAGCAUGUUUAAACAGUAGAAAGCCCCUGCGGGUUCUUGUGAGCACUAAACCACGGGAGACAGUGAAGAUUCCGGAUUCUGCAGAUGGACUCGGAUUCCAAAUCCGGGGCUUUGGUCCAUCAGUUGUCCAUGCUGUUGGGAGAGGAACGGUGGCAGCUGCAGCAGGUCUCCACCCUGGCCAAUGCAUAAUCAAAGUGAAUGGAAUUAAUGUCAGCAAAGAGACUCAUGCAAGUGUUAUUGCUCAUGUCACAGCAUGCAGGAAGUACAGGCGGCCAAUGCAGCAAGAUUCCAUACAGUGGGUUUACAACAGCAUUGAAAGUGCACAGGAAGAUCUUCAGAAAGCAAACACUAAACCCUCUGGAGAUGAUGGAGGGGAUGCCUUUGACUGCAAAGUGGAAGAGGUAAUCGACAAAUUUAACACUAUGGCAAUAAUUGAUGGGAAGAAAGAUCAUGUGAGUCUGACUGUUGACAAUGUCCAUCUGGAGUAUGGAGUAGUUUAUGAGUAUGACAGCACAGCUGGAAUAAAGUGCCACGUCUUAGAAAAAAUGAUUGAACCAAAGGGAUUUUUCAGCUUGACUGCAAAGAUUCUUGAAGCACUGGCAAAAAGCGAUGAACAUUUUGUGCAGAAUUGUAACAGCCUCAAUUCCUUAAAUGAAGUGAUCCCCAGCGAGCUUCAAAGUAAAUUCAGUGUCAUUUGCAGUGAGAAAAUUGAGCAUAUCUACCGAAGAAUCUCUAGUUAUAAAAAGUUUUCAAGAGUAUUAAAAAACAGAGCUUGGCCUACCUUCAAACAAGCUAAGUCAAAGAUUUCACCACUUCACAGCAGUGAUUUCUGUCCAACCAAUUGCCAUAUCAAUGUGAUGGAAGUGUCUUACCCUAAAACCUCAACUUCCCUUGGUAGUGCCUUUGGUGUACAGUUAGACAGCAGAAAACAUUCUUCCCAUGAAAAGGAAAAUAAAAACACUGAUCAAGGUAAACUGAAUCCCAUGAUUUAUGUCCAACAUACCAUUACUACUAUGGCUGCCCCUUCAGGACAGUCUCUUGGCCAGCAAGAGGGCCAUGGUCUGAGGUACCUCUUAAAAGAAGAAGAUUUAGAAACACAAGAUGUCUAUCAAAAAUUGCUGUUCAAAUUACAAGCUGCACUGAAAGAGGUGGAAACAUGUGUCUGUCAAAUAGACGACCUUCUUUCUUCAAUAACAUAUUCUCCCAAAUCAGAACGUAAAACACCUGAGCCUUUAAUGCCAGCAGACAGUGAUAGUGAAAAGGGGGAAAGGAAUGGGAAGAAAGUCUGUUUCAGCAUGACAGGUGAUGAACAAGAAGAUUCUGGUCAUGAUACUAUCAGCAACAGGGAUUCUUACAGUGAUUGCAACAGCAAUAGGAACUCCAUUGCCUCAUUCACCAGCAUUUGUAGCAGUCAGUGCAGUUCGUAUUUUCACAGUGAUGAAAUGGAUUCAGGCGAUGAACUUCCCAUAAGUGUUCGAAUCUCCCAUGAUAAACAGGACAAGCUCCAUAGCUGUUUGGAACAUCUUUUUGGUCAAGUUGAUUCAAUUGUCAAUCUUCUGAAAGGACCAGCUGUGAUGAGGGCCUUUGAGCAGACAAAAUACUUUACACCAGGUCGAGGCCUCCAAGAGUUUCAGCAGGAAAUAGAACCAAAGCUUAACUGUCCAAAGAGGCUACGACUCCACAUCAAGCAAGACCCUUGGAACCUGCCCAGCAGUGUCCGAAGUCUUGCCCAGAAUAUCAGAAAAUUUGUUGAAGAGGUGAAGGCACGAAUCCUCUUGGCGCUUCUUGAAUAUACAGAUAGUGAGAUACAACUGAGGCGAGACAUGGUCUUCUGCCAGAGCCUAGUAGCCACAGUCUGUGCUUUUUCAGAGCAACUAAUGGUGGCCUUAAAUCAGAUGUUUGACAACAACAAAGAAUAUGAAAUGGAGACGCUGGAAGCCAGCAGAAGGUGGUUGGAACAGAUAGCGAGUGCAGGUCUUCUCCUUCAUUUCCAGUCCCUGCUCUCGCCUAACCUGGCUGAUGAGCAAGCCAUGCUAGAAGAUACACUGGUUGCGCUGUUUGACUUGGAAAAAGUUACUUUUUACUUCAGACAGUCAGAGCCAGAACCAUUAGUUGCAAAUGUACCGAUCACAUACCAAGCAGAAGGAAGCCGUCAGACCCUGAAGGUUUACUUCUACCUUGAUAGUUACCAUUUUGAACAGCUUCCUCAAAGGCUGAAGAAUGGAGGGGGAUUUAAAAUCCACCCAGUACUUUUCUCACAAGCACUGGAGAGCAUGGAAGGAUAUUAUUACAGAGACAGUGUCUCAGUAGAAGAAUUUCAAGCUCAGAUUAAUGCAGCCUCACUAGAAAAAGUCAAGCAGUAUAACCAGAAACUACGGGCAUUCUACCUGGAUAAGUCAAACUUGCCUCCAAAUUCAACAUCUAAAGCAGCUUAUAUAGAUAAGCUGAUGAGGCCUCUCAAUUGCUUGGAUGAACUUUACCGACUCAUAGGGUCUUUUAUCCGAUCCAAGCGCACCGCUGCCUGUGCAUACACUGCAUGCAGUGCUUCUGGAGUUGGAUUGCUUUCAGUGUCGUCCGAACUCUGUAGCAGGCUUGGAGCUUGUCACAUCAUUAUGUGCAACAGUGGAGUUCACCGCUGCACUCUGAGUGUUACCCUGGAGCAGGCGAUCAUUCUGGCUCGGAGCCAUGGGCUGCCUCCUCGCUAUAUCAUGCAAGCUACAGAUGUCAUGCGCAAACAGGGUGCAAGAGUACAAAACACAGCCAAGAAUUUAGGAGUGAGGGAUCGAACACCACAGUCGGUGCCCAGAUUAUACAAGCUAUGCCAGCCACCACCACCUGUUGCAGAAGAAUGAGGAGGACUGCUCCAGAAAAUUCCAAUAAUGACCUUGAGGAUCCUGGGACUAUAUGACAAAAGUCUAACUGCACUAUAGCAGUGUGUGCCUAGGGCUUUGAUAAAUAGAAAAACCCUUUACUCAGGAUAAAGAAAGAAAUACCCUAAAUAUUUCCCACUGGCAGUGAAAAAAAACCCCUUCCAAAAAGUAUUUCUGGAAUCUGUGCACUCCAGCCUUACAGUACUAGAACAGGAAUCUUCCUUGGGAAUUUUACACUGGAAUCCAGUUCAUUUGAUGUGUCUUGUUCAGCCACACAAUAGGUAUAGCCAGCAGUUGGAAUACAAAUAUCUUGUUCGGAGAGAAUGGCUUCGCUUGUACACUGUAUAGAAUGUCUUCUUGUGGAAGGAAUAAAAGCCUAUAUAAACUAGGCUUGAUAAUGAGCAUGCACUUCAAACAGGGCCCUUUGCACUGAUAAUUCUUUUUUUCCUGUCACUAUCAUAAUUUUUCAGAAUGAUGAUGUUACUGUUACAAGUAUAUAAUGUAAGUGAGGUUUAAAGGUGGAAAACUUAUCUCAGAAUUGUGUUUAAUGGCUACAGGCAAACUACUGCUAGGAGCAUGUGCUUGUAAUCAGUAAACUCAACCAUGUCUUAAGGUGUCAUUUGUCAUACUGCUUUGGAAAGAGUACCUAUAUGGCAUAUGAGGUGAAGUUUUGCCUCUUGUUCAGUUGCCAUUUUAAUGAAGGAGAAGAAAGGUCAGUCUGAUCUUCAUCCAUGGUUAGACUGAAUUUCAGACUCUGUCUAGUAGAUAUUUUACAUUAUUGAGCCUCUACAUUUCAGCGUUUUCCAGAGUUGUAUAUAUUCUUGUAUUAUAGUGCUAUACUAGCAAAUCUACAAAAGGUGAAAAUGAGGCAGUAUUGUUAUGUUUAACUGGAAAUGUCUGUGGUAUAAGUUGAAGCAUAGUUUUGGGGGUUGAUGUAUUGUUAUAUUUCCUGUAUUUUGUCAGAAUAGUUUUUUUUAUAGGAUUUCAGUUCUUUGGAGUGGUAAUUGCUAUAGAUCUAUUUUGAAAUUGUAAUGAGUAUUUAGAGGGACCAGGGAAAAUGUAUCUGCAUUUGGCUGUUCUUUUGGCCGAAGAAUUUUCAGAGAUGAUGUCCCCAAAUGAGGUUUCAUAUGUGAACACUUUGAAACAAAAACGAUAUUGUGAAAUAGUUCUACUUGUAGCAGCUACACAUUCUGUUAGAGCAGGGCAUACACUGUCUGAGUAAAUGUUAUUUUCUGUACAGCAGCGGCCUAUAGUUAUGCUGUAGCAAUCAAACCUCACAACAUAAUUGUUGAAUAUUAUCUAAUUAUUUAUGAAAUCUUCAACAAAUAUAUUAAUCCACAAUGAAAUAAGUGAGAAUUCAAAAUGAGAUGUACUCUUGCAGAGAGUGUUUUUUACAUAGGAUGUCUACGGGACUUUUCUCCAAAGGAGGAAUUAGAGCUCCUACGUUUUUCACUAUUCUUAAUGUUUUUACACAGACUUUAACUUUGCCAAGAAAAUAAAUAUUUUUAUAUAUCCACAGAUAUAUGUCUGCACAUAUACGUGAGUUUCAAUAUGUAUAUAUUUAUGUAGUCAUCUCAGUUACUAGUCCAAUCUUACCUAUCGAAUGUUUGCCUUAAACUGUGACAAAGAUAUCAGUAAUGAACACUUCAGUAACAAUUUCACCUUUAUGCUUUGAAGUUUACACUCUUUCAGAGUUACUGGAAGCUGUGGGACUAUAAUCUUUUUGAUUAAAACAAAAAUAGAAAAAGUUCUGCUCUUUAUAAAAUUACACAUUUUGUCUAGGAUGACCUAAUGCUUGUACAUAGAAAAGAGUCACAAUUUGUAUAGUUGCUAUUCUAGUCAGGAUCUCAAACUUCUAGAUGUGUUUUAUUCAGAGAGGCAGUGUUUGCUAUAGUAAUUCCCGCUCCAGGCAAAAGCACAAAAAAAUGGUUCAGAUUCUGUUUGUUCAGACAUCAGGAGUUUAGAGAAGCCAUAAUCACGUCAUGCCAAGGAUGGUGUCAGUGUGAGCCCAGCUGCGAGCUCACAUCUUACUGUGAGAUUUGCCCACACGAGUUUUGUUUUUUACUACGAGGCAAGUCAGCUGUCAGCUGCAUGUUGCUGCUAAUCCUGUAUAAUACACAAUAACCUAGAGGACAGAAUCUGUUGCAUGCACAUGUAUUACUGUAACAGGUCAUCACUUUUUAUUGCACUGAAAAUGGUAGGAGUGCAAAUAUACCAAAACAGUCUCUCUGUAUAAUACAGUGCUUGAUUCGUUUUGUUGUGAAAGCAUGGGCUAAUAGACAUUGGUAAACACUGAGGGACAAAUACUCAUGAGCCAGUCACUCGACCACAUUUUUUAGCUAUUGUUUCAUGAGUGUGCAUCAGAAAUCCUGACCUCUUGGGUUUGUAUCUUGUUUUUUGUUCUUUAUUCUUCGUGCCCCGCACACCCCCCCGCCCCCCGCUGAGGCAGUUUUCAAAAACUUGAUCAGCACUAUGAGCUUCACUGGUGAACCAUACUGCAAAAUAAAAUGUCUGUUCAGCCUGGUAUCAAAGGGGCUGAGAAAUUGAAGCCCUGUUUUUCUGGGAUUAUAGGUAGCAUGCGUAAGUACAGGAUUUCCAGAGGAAAUUGGGCAUAAAUGUCCCACUGACUGUCUAUGGAAAGCGGGUGCCUAAUUUCUCAGAAUUUCCUUUAAAAGCCAGUGUUCGUUUGAAACAUUGUGCAGCAUUUCAAACUGGUUUUCUCAUUUUCAGAGCACAUUCUAACACAUCUGGCUUCUAAUAACAUUAGAUGAAACUUUAAGAAGCCCAUUCAUGAAGUAUAAAUUUACGUAUGUUCAUUAUUAAAGUUAUUUAUCUUGUUUGGUAUAUGUAGCAGAUGUAUUUGUUCCCUAUGCAAGGUGCACUUCAGAGUUAAAAGAAAGAAAUCCAUUCUCAUCAUAGUACAUUUAUCUUCUCAUAAAUUUUUAGACUUAGAGGUAACCAAGACUGAUGAUUUACAAGAACUGUAACACCCAUAGCUUGUUAAAUCUUUGCUUCUGCAGCAACAGAUUAUGCAGGCCGUUUUUACAAUGAUGUGUUGUACUGGUUUAGGGAAAACAUUCUCUAUGUAAUUUUUACUUUUUCAUCCAAGACAAAUGUAGUUCUGGGAAUAAAUUCAAGGAUCUGGAGGCAUACACUACCAAAUACUGACUACCAGUGGUAGUCUAUGGGGUUUGUAUAGGAGAUGUAACAGCUGGGAAGGGAGGGUUAAGGGCCAAGGAACAGUGAAGUUGCCAUAGGGUUCGUGCUUGAAGAAAACUUAGAUUUUAAGGUAGAGCUGAUGGGGUUUGGCCUAUCUUUGUAACCACCAUCUAUGAAUAAUGGGAUGCUAAACUGUCUUUAUGAGGUGAGCAUUGAUUCAGUCUAGUUCCCCAAAUUAGGUAUUUCAUAACACUUAUUUUCCUUGUAGACUGUAAAUGUAAAUGAAUACAAAAAUGUAUCUAUUCCAGUUUCUAAACGUCCAACAUGUUUGUGUUCAGAGAUCCAUUUUAAAGUAAAUAUUCCUGCUAUCAGCUGAACUAAACAACCAAUUUUAUGUCCAUUGAGAGAGCUGCAGUCUUUAUGUAGUUUUCACUAGGGUUUAAGAAACACAUCAGGUUUUCAGUUUGGUUUUUAUUUGUUUGUUUUAAUGCACUCAAUAGUGGUCAGAACUGCUCUUCUACUGGUUUAGAGCCAAAACAAUUAAAUAUAAGUUGAUGAGGAUUUAUAGUAAUCAUACUUAGUUCAUUUAUUAGAAUCCUCUAAUGAAAAAAAAAUGAACCAGUUUUAUUGAUCUCUUUACCCAUAGAAAUUCACAAGCAAACAGCAGUGAUUUUUUUUGUUCUAUUAAUUCACUGUCAGAUGUAGUGUGUGCAUGUGUGUAUAUAUAUAUAUUUCAGACAAUUGCCUGAAUGUGAGUAUACACAUCAUGGUUAAGCAUGAUGCUCAAAAAAGCAAAGUAUCUUUCAUUUAUUUUCAUUUAAAUUGUGAAAUCAGUAACUGUAGUAUAUAUACAUAUUGUUCCGUACCCUUUACUUUACAGCUACUUCUGCCAGCAUUUUAUGCAUAUUUUGCACCGUUUUUGUUUAACAUCAUGAAAAGAGCUAAUGCAUUGCCUUAUGUACUAUAUCUCUGUACUUGCUGAUAAAUGCAGGUAGAGCUUUUCUAAAUGUACUCUAGUACUAGCAUUGGUAAAUUUAGAUGCACAGUACAUACCUGUCUCAGGAUACAUGGAUUUUUCAUCAUUAGGUUUUGAAGUAUAAAAAGAUACUGAACUCAUAUUUUUGUAUGCUGACAAUUCUGUAGUUUUGUUGUUGGGUUUUGUUUGGGUUUUGGUUUUUUGUUUAGUUUUGUUUAUUUUAUAUAUAUAUAUACUGUAUAUAUCAAUCAAGUUUUCCUAAAGAAAAGUUACUAGGAAUGUUUCCCUUUUUCUGCUAGAAGAUGUUUAUGUUCUCUUGUCGUGUAUGUAUAAAUGAAUGUAGAGCAUGCCUAGUCAUGCAGAUGUUAACACCGGUGAGAAAUUUUAGAUUGUCUAAAGGCCGAUCAAGUAGUCAUUUCUUAUAUUCUUCUCCUGAAGUAACAUGUCCAUGCAAGAAAUCCUAUAUGGCUAGAGUGGAACUACCCUACAAAUAACUUCUGCUUCAGUUUCAAAGUCCAAUAGUAUUCAAAGUAACCAGGGCAUUUCUGAAAGUCCUUAGAUUUAGGCUUUCAUGGGAAUUUCCACGUCUUUUCUGUGCAUGUGUGUCUUAUCUGUACUAUGUGUCAGAUUUAAAAGAUUAAGUGGCCUUAUUAACUUUUUAACACCCUGUAUAUAGUGUAUGUACUUGGUUAUACUUGUGUUACACUUUAAAAAUGAACUUAAUUUCUGCAUUGAGUAUUGCACACAUUUUUCAAAUGAAAAAUAUAUUGUUUGUAACGUCUCAUUAAGCACAGGAGAGCAUUACUGCUUUGAAAUACUACGUGUAAGUACAGCCAUACACAAAAUCUCUUAGUGAGCUUUUGUUCGAAAAGAGUCACAGUAGCAGCUCUGCGGGUAGUUGAGUUUGUUAGAAGUAACCUUUGGAAUUUAAUGUUAAAUAUGCUUGAAACAUGGAUUUAAAUUACUUUUGCCUUUUUUGUAAAGUGCCUUUGUAGCAUACUUUGAAUCAGUUGCUAUAUUGGUUAUGUGUUAAACUAAUACUGUGUACUUUUAGAUCUAUGGUUUAUUUUUUUAGUCUACAUAUUAAAGACUGGAAUGGUAACAAUGUAUUACAGACUGUCAGACAGCAAUAAACCCAUUCAUAAUA